UUCACUUUCAUUAUUUUUAUUGUGCGUGUUAAAUCGUAUUCCAGAGAAAUUGCAAACACAAAGAGAGAAAAUAACAUAAAAUUAUAUUUCAAAUUGAUUCCUCGCGAAUUGCAAACAAUUGAACGAUGACUACUGCCGCUCGUCCAACAUUCGAUCCAGCUCGGGGUGGUUCCGGAAGAGGUGAAAAGGAUUUAAGUGCCCUUUCGAAGCAAUAUUCCAGCCGUGAUUUGCCAGGCCAUACCAAACUCAAAUACAGAGAGCAUGGCCAAGGAACAUCAGAAGAGCUCCGCCAACGUGAUUUCCGUAAAGAAUUGGAAGACCGUGAAGCCAAAUCAAGUGGCAGUAGCAGUAAAUCCAUUCCAGCUGGUGUUCGUCGUGCAAUCGAAGCUUCAGCACCGUCUAAGAAACCAAAAUUGGAUCAUGUUUCAGCCGCAAAUUUAGAUCAAGACGAUCCGAUCGACGAGGACUCUUCGUCAUCCGAUGAUGAUUCGGACGAUGACACCGCCGCAUUGCUCGAAGAAUUGAACAAAAUCAAACGCGAACGUGCCCAAGAAGCGGAGAAAAAGGAUUUGGAGAAGAAACAAGAAGAUGAACGAAUUCGAAUGGAAAACAUUCUGUCGGGCAAUCCACUGUUGAAUUACUCAAGCGGUAAGGCUGUCACAGCAGACAUGAAGGUUAAACGUCGUUGGGAUGAUGACGUUGUGUUCAAGAAUUGCGCUCGUACUGAACCCGAUAAAAAAGGACCAGCCUUUGUUAAUGAUUCGCUUCGCUCUGAAUUUCACAAAAAAUUCAUGGAAAAGUACAUUAAGUAAUUUCGUUUGGAUUAAGACACUGAAGAAAAUGGUUUUUUUUAUGUUAGGCUUGAAUCCAACUUGUAAUAAUAUCGUAUCAUUCAAAGACUACACCCUGAUUUAAAUAAAUGUAAACAAAAUAAAGUAUAUUAUCGAUACCACGAGAGAGAA